CAUGAUUUUUGAAAGGGGAUUGGUGAAUAAUGACCAUCCUCCUCAGCAAGCAUAAAGAAGAUCGUCCUUCGCAGUCGCAGCAAGCAUUCCGGCUCUGCAUCUGGCCCAGCUCUGGGUUGCGCGAACAGUCGGAACCCUAAUUCCCUCCCCGGCGCCGGCGCCGGCGCCCCCUAGCUGCGCCCCCACGACCAGCAGAAUCCAGAUCGAAGUUUUGCUCUUGCCGCGGCCCCGCCUAAACUCCAAAAGUGCGAACCCCCUAACUCAUCGAUCCCAGCCUGCCUCCGCCUACGCGCCUCGUGACGGCGUGGACCCCUCCCCUAUCUGCGUGCUGCGCGCAUCCGCCUGCGGCCUGUCCCGUGCAGCCGUGCCUCCUCCGCGCACAUCUCCAGGGUCUAGCCGAGAGCAGACCGCCGUGACGCCACCACUCGCGCUCGCGCUCCUGACAUCGUUGUCUGCCUUCUCUGUCUAAGAUCAGAGCAGAGCUCCAUCGAAAGCGUCGCCCGCCUGCUUGCAUCUCCUUGAAAUCUGCCAUACCUCAAAUUUUAUGCGUCCUCCGUCUCUGCUCAUUCCUGUUUUAUGGCCCUGUGUCUGUAUCCUUGUCGGUAGAUGACGUAUUCUCUUUGGAUCAUUGCCGCCAUUGUCCAUUGUGUGGCCACGUUAGGUGCAUUCGCUUAUGAAUUGGUUUCGGGUAUGGAGUAGUGGUUGUACUGCACUGCAAGCCUUGAUUUUAGGAGGUAGUCAGGUGUAGAUUUACUGUGUGGUUUGUUUUUGCGCUGGAAAUCGAUGUGAUGACUUACAAAGGACCGUAUCUGGGCGAGGCAACUAUUCGCGCAUGAUUAUAACUGAUCUGAGACAAAUGUCUGAGCAAGUAUGAUCCUAGUGCUUUAUCCUCUCCGCCUGAUGUUUGAUCGAAAAUGCUGUGAUGGAGUUUCAUUCUUUCCCUGUUUCCUUAUUUGCUAUGAUGACAUCUACAAGGACGACGUUUGAGUAAGGUGGCUCUUAAAAUGGUGCCUCUUUGCAUCCAAUCUGAAUGAGAUUCUGAGCAAGACCGGUGCUCUCCUCUGUUGAUCGUCAAGCACUAUACUAGCUGAACUCUACAUCAAAAUGAUAUGCUAUACUUUCUUUUAUGUCAACCAUAUAUUUCUUUUGGCAUCCAUUUGGUCCCUUGUUCACAUUCAAACAAGCUUUCAAUUUUUUCUACUAUAUAAAGCACCAAUUUCCACGGUUUCCAUAGUCGUCGCGCUACUCCACAUUUAAAUGGUAAAAAAGUUAAAAUUAUGCACAAAUGAUGAUUUGAACAAUGGUUGUUGGCUCCACGCACAUUCACACCCACCUAACCAACAUAAUACACAUGUCUUUAUGUUUUAUACUUUACACUCAUAAAUUGAAACCGUAGCAAUGUACACACACUUUGGUAUUUAAGUGUCAGUUUUAUGCAAUCCCUUUCCCAGUGGCAGCAUACAUUGAUCACUCUCCCAGUGGUGAGGAUUGUAUCUAAGUUCAGUGGAAUUGUUUUCCUAACUUUUAUAUCCAAAAUUGAAUGACUUCUCAGUAAAACUAUUUUGUCUGCACAACCAUUCCUUGUCUUUAAGAUAUCGUAGAUUUUAGCAAUAUUUUGAUUUAUUGUACAUGUAAUGCUUAUUUAUGGAUGAUUGUUAUGAUGACUCCUAUUAGGGUAUAGGGUUACUGAAGGGAUUGCAUCCCAUCUGAUUAUACCAAAAACCGAAUAUGGUUUCUGAUCAAAUCCAGCCAUACUGUCGAAGAACCCAACCAAUGAUUUACUCCAUUUUGAUUAACCAAAUUGAUGUAAUUAUAUUCAUCGCUUUCUUAGUGGCAGCAUUAUUAUAGAAUCGGAAUUGCCUUGCCUAUUUCCUAGCACAAUUUUUUCUUCUUCUCUUUUGGGUCAUGCUUGUUCUCCCUUUGCCGUAAUCUUAAAAUGGUGCAUCUUUUUUUUUAUUACAUCCAAUCUGAAUGAGAUUCUGAGCAAACCAGGUGCUCUCCUCUUUUGAUCGGCAAGCACUGUACUAGCUAAGAUCUACAUCAAAAUGUUAUGCUAUACUUUCUUUUAUGUCAAUCAUAUGUUUCUUUUGGCAUCCAUUUGGUCCCUUGUUCACCAUACAAGAUUUCGGAUUUUAUUAUUUAAGUGUCAGUUUUAUGCAAUCCCUUUCCCAGUGGCAGCAUACAUUGAUUGCUCUCCCAAUGGUGAGGAUUGUAUCUAAGUUCGGUGGAAACUUCUACAUCCAAAAUUGAAUGACUUCUCAGCAAAGCUAUUUUGCCUGCCCAACCAUUCCUUGUCUUGAAGAUAUCGUAUCUUUUUAGUCAUAUUUUGAUUUAUUGUGCAUGUAAUGCUUAUCUAUGGAUUAUUGCUAUGAUGACUCCUAUUAGGGUUUAGGGUUACUGAAGGGAUUGUAUCCCAUCUGAUUAUACCAAAACCGAAUAUGGUUUUUGAGCAAAUCCAGCCAUAUUGUCGAAGAACCCAACUAAUGAUUUACUCCAUUUUGAUUAACCAAAUUGAUGUAAUUAUAUUCAUCGCUUCCUUAGUGGCAGCAAUAUUAUAGAAUCAGAAUCGCCUUGUCUAUUUCCUAGCACAAUUUCUUCUUCUCUUCUGGGUCAUGCUUGUUCUCCUUUUGUCGUGAUCUUAAAAUGGUGCCUCUUUUUUUAUUACAUCCAAUCUGAAUGAGGUUCUGAGCAAACCAGGUGUUCUCCUCUUUUGAUCGGCAAGCACUGUACUAGCUGAGAUCUACAUCAAAAUGCUAUGUUGUACUUUAUUUUAUGUCAAUCAUAUGUUUCUUUUGGCAUCCACUUGGUCCCUUGUUCCCAACCAUACAAGAUUUCAGAUUUUAUUAUUUAAGUGCCAGUUUUAUGCAAUCCCUUUCCCAACCAUACAUUGAUUGCUCUCCCAGUGGUGAGGAUUGUAUCUAAGUUCGGUGGACUUAUUUUCCUUACUUUUACAUCCAAAAUUGAAUGACUUCUCAACAAAGCUAUUUUGCCUGCCCAACCAUUCCUUGUCUUGAAGAUAUCUUUUUAGUCAUAUUUUGAUUUAUUGUAGAUGUAAUGCUUAUCUAUGGAUGAGUGCUAUAAUGGUUCCUAUUAGGGUUUAGGGUUACCGAAGGGAUUGCAUCCCAUCUGAUUAUACCAAAACCGAAUAUUGUUUCUGAGCAAAUCCAUCCAUAUUGUCAAAGAACCAAACCAAUGAUUUACUCCAUUUUGAUUAACCAAAUUGAUGUAAUUAUAUUCAUCGCUUUCUUGGUGGCAACAUUAUUAUAGAAUCGGAAUCGCCUUGUCUAUUUCCUAGCACAAUUUUUUUCUUCUUCUCUUUUGGGUCAUGCUUGUUCUCCUUUUGCCGUGAUCUUAAGGGGAUGACUUAAAUGUGCUCCUUCUGAUUAUACCAAAACUGAAUCUGGUUACUGGGCAAAUCCACCAUACCAUUGUAGAACUCAGUUACUUAGCCAAUGUUUUCUCUCUCUUUGAUCAACCUGAUUGAUGUAGUUACAUUCUUCAAUUUCUCUAUGCCAACAUUAUUAUGGCAUCAGGAUUGCCAUAUUUGAUUUCCUAGAACAGUUGUCUUCUUCUAUGUCUUUUACUCUUUUUUUGGAUCAUCCUUGCUCUGUAAGACUAUAUUUUCCAUGAUGACUACUAUUAAGACGGUAUCUAAAAGGGGUAGCUUUUAAUUGUACCUCUUCUGAUUGUACCGAGACUGAAUCAGUGUUUUCAGAACGUUCGAUUAGUCGCGAUUAAUCGGCUGAUAAUAACUCCAGAGCCGAGCAAGGGUAACGACGCGAUCAGGGCGAUCAGAUAUCUGAUCGUCCGAUUAGUUGAACGAUCAGCCUGGCUGGUUGGAUUGAAAUUUCGGCCCAGUGGCCCAGCCCAGCUUCCUUUUUCCCAUUCCCACCACGUGAGCAGAAGCUGCACAACCAAGAGCCAACAGAGCAACGCCCAGGCACACACGACACGAACCAGGCAACCAGCUGCCGAGGGAGGACCGGAGGAACCCUAGCGGAACACUGUGCAGGUGACGGCGGCGCGCUACCGGUGACGGGGGAUACGGCGGCAUCGUCCCCCUCGGCCCUUCCUCCAUCCCCGGCGCGGCGGCGCCAGUAGCCGGCCUGCAGGAUGAUCAAUCACCACGAAAUAGUGCAGUUUGGGAAGCUGUACAAUAGAGACAUGGAAUCAGCUCCUGCUCAUACCCCUCUUAUACAUGGUCUUCCUGAUGAGGUAGCUCUCAUUUGCUUGGCAAGAGUUCCUCGGCGGUAUCAUAAUAUUCUCAGGCGUGUCUCAAGGAGAUGGAGAGCUCUGUUAUGCAGUGAAGAAUGGCACUUGUGCCGCAAGAGGAAUAACUUGGACGAGCCGUGGAUCUAUGUAAUCUGUAGGGAAGCAGGCAUCAAAUGCUAUGUGUUGGCUCCAGAUCCUCCAAGCCGGUGCUUUCGAAUCAUGCAUGUCAUUGAACCCCCAUGCUCAGGGAGGAAAGGUGUUACCAUUGAAGCUUUAGACAAAAAGCUAUUUCUUCUGGGUGGCUGCAGUUCCGUGUAUGAUGCUACGGAUGAAGUAUAUUGUUAUGACGCAUCCUCAAAUCGCUGGAGCUCAGCUGCUCCAAUGCCUACAGCAAGGUGCUAUUUUGUGUCUGCAUCCCUUAAGGAGAAGUUGUACAUAACUGAUGGAUACGGCUUGACGGACAAGUCACCAAAUUCAUGGGACAUCUAUGACCCGGCCACGGACUCGUGGUGCACCCACAAGAACCCGUUGCUCACCCCUGACAUAGUGAAAUUCGUCGCAUUGGGGGAGGAGCUGGUGACCAUUCACCGAGCGGCGUGGCACAGGAUGUACUUUGCCGGCGUAUACGACCCGCUGGAACGCACCUGGAGGGGCAGAGGGAACGAGAUCGCUCUCUGCUACUCGAGCCCGACGGUGGUCGUGGACGGGACGCUGUACAUGCUGGAGCAGUCCAUGGGCACGAAGCUGAUGGUGUGGCGGGAGGACGCCAAGGAGUGGGCCAUGCUCGGCAGGCUCUCCGACAAGGUCACUAGACCCCCCUGCGCGCUCGUGGCCAUCGGCAGGAAGAUUCAUGUGGUCGGAAGAGGGCUGAGCAUGGUCACCGUGGAUGUGGACACGGCGGCAAGGGUGGACGGGUUCCUGGUUACCACCUCUGUAGGCCCGUUGGUGGAGGAAGACCUGACCCCGGAGAGGUGCGUGGUGAUCACCAUCUGAAGGGGUGGGCGUGUCCAAGCUUCCUUGACGCCGGGUGUAUUGUGGUAACUGUGACUGACUAUCGUCGCUGGCGCCGAACAUUUGGCUAGCUAGCGUGGAUGAUAUAUACUGCGAUGUGAGUGAAUUCAAUAAGAGGCUUGGCUCUCCAUACAGCCAAUAACUAUAGUUAGCAUUUGUAUCUCGUGUUGUUUGGGCUGCUUUUGUCGACUGCUGGCUGUAAGAACAAUAUUUGAGCUUCGUUUGUUGAGUACUGUGCGUCCCAGAUGGAUGGGAUUAAUACAAGCUAAUGUGAUCCUCGUCCUGGCACUUUUGUUA